GAGCCGCGCUGAUGGCAGCGGAAGCGCGGAUUUUGCCAGCCGUGAUUCCGCGAUCCGCAUGACUGCGGAAGCGAUCACCAGGAGUUCCGCGAUCGCUCAGCUGGCGUCGUCGUCUGCUUCUCCUCUGGCUUAUCGCCCGCCGCUUGGUGUUUGAUCCGUGAAUGAAGAUGGAAGUCGAAGUGCGUGUGAUGACUCUCAACUGCUGGGGCAUUGUUGGUAUUAGCAAGCACCGCGUCGAACGCAUGACGGCCAUCGCAAAUUACCUCGCCACGACCGAGUAUGACUUCGUGUUUCUCCAAGAGAUCUGGAGCCAGGAAGACUUCAAGCGCAUCCGCAGAAAGGCCAAGCACAACCUGCCUUACGGUCACUACUUCUUCAGUGGUGUCAUAGGCAGCGGCGUCUGCUUGCUCUCCAAGAGCCCCAUCGUGGACACUGGCCUACUCAAGUACAACCUGAACGGCUAUGCACACAAGAUCUUCCACGGCGACUGGUUCGGCGGCAAGGUGGUCGGCCUCUGCAAGGUCCGCCAUCGGGGGCUAAACGUCAACCUCUACGUCACGCAUCUCCACGCAGAGUACAACCGCAACUGUGACACGUACCUGUCCCACCGCAUCUGCCAGUCCUUUGAGCUGAGCCAGUACGUGAAGCAUACGAGCAGCAAUUGUGACCUGGCCAUUCUGGCUGGCGACUUCAAUACAGAGCCCUUGGACCCGCCCUACAACAUCAUCAUCUACAAUGCCGACAUGGUGGAUACGUUUGUGGACCAGGAGAAAAUCAAUAGGGACAGCAUGUGUGUGGGUGCAACGUGCAGCCAUCCCGAUAACAAGUACACCACGUCGUACGAGAAGAGCACCUGCCCAACAGGAAAACGGAUCGAUUACAUCAUGUACAAGGUCGGGCGAGGUGUCAACGUCGAAACCAAGUCGUGCACGACGCUGAAGUUGAAGACCCCCUCGGGGCUCCCUUUUUCGGACCACGAGCCCGUCGAGGUGGUGAUGCGCAUCAAUAAGUCCAGCGAACUGGCAGCUUGCGCCUUCUCGACGACGAUGACACCGGUGUUGAACUUCCCCGGCGAGAGCGGUGCGGCCAGUCCGGACCACACCAGUCUCAACUCGCAGUGCCCGAACGGUCUGCUGGACGCCCUGCACCGUGGCCAGGAGCAGUUGCGGGUGAGCAUAGACGGCCUGCACCUGGAUCGCAUCUUCUACGUCGUGGCCGCCUGCUUCAUGGCCUGCAUCCUGGCUGCCACCGUGCCCCUGCACCUGCCGCAGAUCUACCACUGGAUUCUAGUGCUGAGCCGCACAAUCGCUGCGAUGCUCCUGGGCUUCUGCUUGAUCAUGGCGUUCUUCUGGACCGCCAUGGAGAAGAGCUCCUUGCUGGAGGCGCGCAAGUCCAUGCGCCUCUUGUGGAAGGCGCACUCCUGCGACGUCAGCAACACCAUUAGUGUGACGCCCGUCUCGCAUGGCUCAAUUGCCUGCGAGCCACUACUGCUCCAAGGGGACCAAAGGGUCUGACAGAACCCUCCCAUCGCGGCGCCAGCUCUCACGAUAGUGGCGACAGCACGGCGGGGCGACAGCUUUCACGACAGCACAGUGGCGGCGUUGCAUCAAGGACCUACAUUGGUGUGACUCUGAAUAACGCCUCGCCUGGUUGUGCUUUGCAUGUCGCCGGCUGCUUUCAAAAGGGCGCGCUACUGGUGGUGCCGGGCAUUAGGGGAGCUGACUAAACGCAACUUUUGAUCUAGCGUUCCACGCUGAUGCAUCGGUGGUCACGCUACUGUAGAUAUUUAGUGUCGUGACCUAGUGAACAUUCCUGUUAUGACAAGUUUGUCAGCGUUUGGCUGAGUCGUCUGGAAACAAGAUGACUCGGUGAUGCCAAGUUUGGAAGCCCUUUCCACAGUUUGCGUAACACGCUGUAUUUUGCUGCGAAGGGGUGUGUCAUCGUGGCGCCCAGCAGUUCGGGUUUGCAAGUUUGCUCAAGCGACACUAUUUUUGGGACCACAUGUUUUGACUGGUCCUUUUAUUUCUGCGAAGUGUAUUUCGUGCCUAGCACAAUCUGGGAAUGCCAGUUAAUGUGCUGCAAUUCUUAGUGCACCCCGAUCGUUUUCUGCAAAUGUACCAUGUGACGGUAGUCACGGUCUGAUAGCGUUCAAAGGCAUGACUUGCUUGACCUUCCGCAUGAUGCAGGUUUUGGACCGGGUCGGUCACCAGGGCUCAUGCAUUGUGCAACGCGUCGGCUCACUUUUGUCUCCGGGGUGACCUUAGCAUGUACAAGCGUUGCCCCCCUUUACACGAUGCUCUUGGUGCUUUCUAUGGCACUGUUGAUUCGCUGUGCUACCCACAAGUCGCAUCUGCCCGUUUCUGUGCAAACGACUAUGUCAUUCUUGCAAACAAAGGGUGCGCCACUGAAAUAGGCGUAACGAUUUCUAUUUUAAUGAAGCGCUGGUGUAGCACGGAUCUAAAAUCACUGGCGCUGCUAGAGUGUAGUCCAUAGCUUAGUCACCGAUUGUUAGAAUACUACUUCAAAUAUUGCUCAGCAAUUUAACUGUAAUGGAAGGAGCCAGUGUCUGACGAUCUAUGACUGCAUGAUAGUAUUGUUCUUCAUUGUUGUCACUGUGCUGGGCAGACGUCUUGAACGACUGCCGAAUUCUCGUGGCGACAUUUUUUUCUCUCUUUAUCAACACGCUCAAUUACGUAUCUACACCUUAAUGCUCGGGAGUAUGAGGCAGUGAGUCCAAAUGAUUGCUUUAAAUGUGCAACUACCGAUGACAGACCGCGUGUGGGUACACUGCCUAGUACAUUUGUUCCCUCUCUUGAAGAGGAAUGUUGCUUCUAAGAUUGAAGUAAUUAUAUAUUUCACAAUUACCGAGUAGCUUUACCGUUUUUAACCAUUGGAGAAGGAUGCUUGGAAUGAAGGCGACCAACAUUGCAUGGCAUACGUGCGCAUUCAAUGCAUGAGCAUGUGGCCAUGGUGGUGAAGCCAUGCUUAACUGGAAACUGCAUAACAGUAAUGGUAUAAACAUUUAUUGUGUAGUUGUAAUGCAUUGUUACACAGUUACAAGAAGUGCACCGGGUCGGGCAGUGGUCCUACAGUGAUUUGGUUGUAGAAACCUGUUGUUAGCCAACAAGUCGCUCAUAGAGAGGUCGGCCAGUUCAGGAACCAGCAGUUUCAUAAGGCAUAGUACAGGUGCAGUUUUUUUUUUAAUCGUGUGACUAAGUGUCAAAUGCAUUUUAACUUAAAUAACUGCACAACUUAUACCAAGGAAACUUCUGCCAUCAGCUGAAGGCCAGCUGAUCGAUCAAGCCUAGUCCAUUAUGUGUUUAGUUUUUAGCUAAACCUUCAGGUGUACAGAGCAUUUAAAAAUGUCAUUGAUGUUAUGUAUACAGAUAUGUGCGUGUAAAACUGUCAGGUUUAUGAUUGGUGACAUGCACUUCAGUGUUGCUAAUUUCAGUAUGUUGCGUUUAUGGGGUCUUGCUCGCGAAAUAUUGCGCAGUUUUAUGUCAGACUUCCAAAGUCUUGGAUACUAUUACGUCUAGUAAAAUAAACCUCCACAGUGUUUGUGUGUGUCUGUACUUUGAACACUCAGAAGGCGCUUGGACUUGUGAGAUUUUGCGAUGAAUUUGUCUACAGACCGCAGAACGUAGUGGUUGGCACACUCCACCGAGGCAGUGUUUCUCUUGUAGGCUCUUGUAGAGGUCUAGGGAAACGUAGAGGUCUAGGGAAACGAUUGCAAGUCUGCCAGUGCCACUGUUCAGUCCUUCAAAGAAAUGGAACGUUCCUUUUGAACAGUGAGCUCAAGGAAUGUGCAUUGACGUGUGCCUGUUCAUGCUGACAUGCAACCAUUGUUUCUGUUGCGAGAUUUUGUUGAACGAGGCGAGCAAUGCCCAACUUUGUUAGAACAGAGUUCCUAAGCCACCGAUGGAUUUCUACCAUCGAAAGUGUGGGUACUUUUCUCUUGUAAAUGUACGCUUAAGCUAUAGGUUUAUUAUGGAAGUCAUUAAAGGGUUCACAAUAA